UGUGUGUGUGUGUGUGAGAGUUGUGGGUUAAGUGCCUUGCAGGAAAUGGGUUUUCUAUUGGUAGUUCCAAAGGUAAGACCAUACAGCCAGCAAAUAUUCAAGAAGUUUAAUUGAUUCUUUAGGGUUUGUCAACAUUUUGGAGUAGAAAAUACACGAGUGUUGAAGAAAUCUUUCCGUUCCGAUAGUCUUGAUUAUUCCCAUGUCCAUCAAAUGUUUCAUAUUUUUCGAACUUUAUUAUUUUGACAGGAAAGUUUAUUGCAAUUAUGUUUUCUCAGCCAAAUGUAGUGUAACGAAAUUCUCAAAAUAGUAGGCGCCUGGCUUUUCUUUCGGCAUCUAACGUAGUGAAGCCUAGCCGAUUUGCCACAACAUUUUCACAUUUCGAGGAGAGCACAACUCCAGCGACAUACAAUAAAUUUUUUGUACAAUUUAAAAUUUUGUAACUCAUGUUGUGUACAGUAGUUUUUUAAAAUUUGGAGAUUGUAUAAUGGAUACUAUUAAGAACACAGAAGUCGCAGUCGGCAUUAGUUAUGAGAAAAUACCUACACCGCAAGAAACCAUUAGUUGUGAGAAAAUACCUACACCGCAAGAAACCACGAGCAUAGAAAUACCGCCUCUGGACACACCAGAUUGGGACACAGUGCAGCAGGAGAUCAAUCUGAAGGUGGCGGAGGCCAUGAAGGGCUUCUACAACGUGCACUCAAUCGCGCUUCAGAAGAUGGAGGAGCUCAUCCGCCAGAAACUGGUGCCCGAAUUGAAGAGUAAUUCGAAUAGCGAACUCACGGAGAUUGCGAACCUAUUGCGAAGGCUAGUGGACCGGGUGGAGAACGUGGAACCAGUCUUUAAACUCCAGCUGGAUGAAGGGCAGCAGCUCCCGCUGCUGCAUAAUUUAAAGAAUGGCAUUUCGGCGGUAUCGAGCACUUUAGAACAUACAAAAGCAUCUGAUUGUGGGAAAUCGCGGGACACGCCGAAUAGCAUUGUCAUCUACCGCAAUCUUCGCUGCAGCGGCCAGUCCAUCAGCGAAAUGGAGCUACUAGCGCCAAAACACACUCCACAACUCACUCCAAAGCACAAGCAACCCAAGUCGAAACGCAUUAGUACAGUCAAGAGCUCGGCCAGCUACGUAAUGAGGGAACGCGAGCGGACCCAGUGCAAGCUUAACCUGGUGCUGCUGAAGAAGUCGCUGUACUCCAUCCACCUCAAUCAAAACAAUCGCUACUGGCCGCAUGUCCGUCGUAGGCGCAGGCAUGCUAAAAUAGCCGUCCAUCGGCCAGUGGAUUCGGUGCCUUUUGAUGGCUGACCUCCUGGAUGUGUCUGGAUGUGUAGAGCGAUCCUUUAGUGGGUUUGCUUGGAGAACAACUGUUGGUUUAUUAAAAGCGGGCAAAGUUUAUUGAAUGAA